CAGUGAGAAAAAUUUAGAAUUAGGUACUGAGAAAAGAGAACCUAAAUUUAUUAUGACAGUUAUAAUGAUAUUUCGCAAAAACAAUUGAAAAUAAUAAACUGUGUAUACAAACAAAUACACUUAGAAGACACAGUUUCAUAGUUCUAGUGUUUAGUGUUCUAAAGCCCACAAAAUGGAUAUAAAUCAGCUCGUCAGCAAAAACCAGUCCAUUAAAAUAGUGCCAUCUCUGGAAGAAUCACUGCGUAGCAUCGGUUUAAACGUUGACUUGGAUGUUAGUUUAAUACAUUGGCUUGAACAGUUAAAAAUAACUUGGAAAACAUGGAAAAAAAGCACAGCUAUAGAGAGCCGGGUUGAAAAUUUUUUCCAAUCUGUUCCUGACCCAUAUAGAGUUGCUCUUUUGUUUGUUAUCAAAUGUGAAGAUUUGAAGGAUUGUAAGCCAAAAUCAUUGCCUUAUUUUAUUAUAGAAACACUUCAGAAAUGGGCUAUGAGCACUGGAGCAUUACCAGAAGAUGUAUUAAAAUUGCCAGCUUUCCGCAUUGCUAUACAACAAAGAAACCAGCAGUUCUUGAACCUAAUGGUUAAAGCAUAUUAUAUUGUUACUAUCAAGGAUUUAAUCUUGCCAAUUGUAAAAGAAAUGAUUAGCAAUGAUAACUGCAAACAGGCAUCACAAAUAGUAAUCGCAAUGGAGCUCUAUGAAGAUAUUCCAGUAGAAGAAUUGUUAUUCCCAUUGAUUCUACAGGAUAAGGCUAAUAUGAUUGAUGAAUAUUUAUGUGAGUGUCCAAGUCAGGUUGAACCUUUAUUGUUAUAUUUAGAUAACUUGUUAAAUAGACAAAUAAGUAUUCGUGAACAUGUGCAAAAAUAUAUUGAAGACCACAAAAUAAGCCAUGUGAAGUAUGAAAAAAUACACUAUAAACCCCUUGGUAAGCUAGUUGCGCGUUUAUGCAAUAAAUUCAAUUAUCCAAUUGAAAGAUGUAAAAAUCUUAGUAGGAAUCGUAUUACUGGUGGCUUGAGAUAUCUGAUCCACCAACGUUAUGAUGGCCAUAAUGUGAAUACAUUGGUAUGGGACGAUUUAGUGAAGGAUUCACUGAGACAAAAUGCAGGAUCAGGACAAGAAUUCAUUGAUAUGUUAGUGGACUAUGACAGGAAUGAAGCAUUGAAGUGGGCAACUUAUUUAAAUCUCUCAGAAAAUGAUUUGCCUUUGGCCCUACGGGAUAUGUCAUUGGCUGAAGCUAAUGAUACAGAAAAUUGGGAUGUAGAGUCUCGUGACAGUAAAGAGUAUUAUAAAAUGUCAUUAACUUCUGAUCAGAUUAUAAUGAUAGACACAGGAGAAAAGUUUUAUGACCUUAUGAUUUCAAGAUUAAAAGGCUGCAAUAUAGUGAGUAUUGACUGUGAAUGGAAACCAUCUUUUGGUGCAACCCAAUUCCAAGUUGCGUUGAUCCAAGUUGCUACUGUAGACAGUGUUUACUUAAUUGACACAUUAUUACUAAAUAAACAGCAGUAUUCUAGUUUUUGGCAUACAUUUAAUAAAUCCCUUUUAGAUAAUGGGGAAAUAAUAAAACUUGGAUUUGGUUUGGAACAGGAUUUAAAAGAAAUGAAGACUUCUAUUAUUGGAUUAGGAAAUAUUAAACUAAAAGGUGAAGGAUUGCUAGAUUUAUGUGUGUUGUGGAAAUGCCUCAUAAGUCACGGGCUAAUUUUACCAUACAGUGAUAAAGGUGGGAACAGUCUUAGUUGCUUAGUGCAUGCAUGCUUUGGUUUACCUCUUGAAAAAGCUGAACAGUGCUCUAAUUGGGAAAUAAGGCCUCUAAGAGCUACGCAGAUCCAAUAUGCUGCUGUGGAUGCUUUUGUUUUGAUGAAGAUUUAUCAAUUUCUUCAGAAAUUAUGUUUCCAACAAAAAAUUAAUUUUGACGAAAUUUGUAAUGAUGUGAUGUUGGAAAGUAAGAAAAAGGCAAGUAAGAAAAUUAAAACAGCUGAAAAACUUCAAUCCACUGUAGCAAAUCCUCAAUCUAAAUCCCCCAAUGAGUUAAAAAUAAUGGUGGAAAGUAAAUUAUCAAGCUUAAUUCCAUAUUUGAGAUAUUGCGGUAUAGAUACGACAAUGAUACUGCCAAGUAUGUUAUGGUGUGACACCAUCAACUUAGCAAUAUCUGAAGAACGUUUCAUAUUACUUUCAAAGUUGAAAUGUACCCCAACUGUAAACUUCCCACAAAGUUCAAUAUUAGAUGUAGGUAUAGGUAGUAUUAAAGAACAAUUGCAAAGUUUUUUAAAACAUUUGAAUAUAAAUAUAAAACAAGAUAAUCUAUUGAAUUUUUGUUUAAAAUGUAACAACAGUGACUUGAAAAAAAUGGAUGCCAGAGGUAUAUAUGACUUUUGUGAUGACCAAAGUGCAGCAAAUAUUCAGUUUAGUUCAAAAUAUGUUCCUGAUGAUGAUGAAUGUGAUGACAAUUAUGUCAAUUUUUUAAGUGAAGAUGAAGACGAUGAUUUGGUCAACAUGCAACCUUUACCUAAUAAUUUAACUCAAGGCCGAACCUUCAAAACAAGUAAAGGGGUGCCAAUAGAAAUCAAUGAUCUUUACAGGUUGUCACUAACACAGAAUGCUGUAUAUCUUUGCGAAUAUUGUGGUAAAUUAUAUUGGGAUGGGGAUGAAUUCAUACAACCUGUUAGAGAAUUAGUUUUAAAAUUAACUAAUCUUAGCAUCUGGUAAGAGAAGUUUUAGGACAAAACAUAAAAUGCAUAUUACGAGUAUUUGUAAAAAAUUAUGUAUUCACGAAGUAGUAAAAUUGCUACAGAUAAAUAUUUUCCUUUCUUAAUAUAACAUAAUUGAAAUAGAUUAUUAUAAAUAUAAGUUCUAAAUUGUAUAUAAUAUUGUUGAAAUGUGUUCAAUACAUAUAUUUUUGUAAUGUUACCUAUGUUAUUCCAUAGAAAAUGACAAAAACCUGCCUCCCUUGUUCAAAUAGGUUUAAAAGUAGACUUCUAUAUUUUUAUAGUAGGUAUAGCCAGUUACAAAUACAAAAGCAAUAUUAGCUUUACAAUCGUUAUUUAUGUAAUAUAAUGACAAAAACAUACACCUGUAUGUAUUUAAAACAUCUAUCUUUUAGUGACAUAUAAAAAUUCAAUGUAUCAUCUGUAUCAAGAGGAAAUACUGGGGGUUGGUUCAUAAUGCAUGUUCUUUUUCAUUGAAGAUAAUCUUAGUUUAUUGAUUUUAAAGUAAAAACGUUUUUACUCCUAUGAUGAAUGAUGGUCUUCCUAGCAAGUAAACUAUUCAAACUUUGUUUAGACCUAGGCACCUAGUAUUUCCAUCUUAAUAGAUUACAAAAAUAAUUGAAAUUAGCUUAAGCAUGUUAGUAUAAAAUUGUAUAAUUAUGCAUAUCCAUGAACUUUUUAACUUCCUCUUCAUCUAAGAGGUUAUUGCCCCGUAAAUUUAAUUCAACUAAAUCCAAUUUUGGAAAGUCUUUCAGUGUAGUUAAUUGAUUGUUCUCUAAAUUGAGUUUCUGUAACAAAGAAAAAUAACUUGUUUAUAACAUGUUUACACAAAUAUUUAAUAUCCAUUCUUAAUCUUUGUGCAUUCCAAAUCAAUAUGCCUUGACCUAUAUGCUUUGGGAUUCAAGAGGAUUAUUGGUCCAAUAUGAUUUUGUAUUGCUUUGUACAAUGGGCUACAGAGAAAAGUUUACCAACUAGAUACUGAUAUGCCGAUGAUACAAAGUAGAUGCAUUUAACUUCAAAAAAAUGCGUAACUAUGUAUGGAAACAAUCACUAAUAUAAUAAGUACAUAUAUUUUAUUGCCACCCAAUUUUAAAAGAUUUUUAUAAAUUUAGCAUUUGUUUCUUCCUUCCUAUAUAAACUUGUAUUGGACCUAUAUAAGAUUUAUUCUAUCGAAUUUCAAAUAAAAUUAGCUAUGUUUACACAUUAGUGUAGUUGUAACUUACCUUACAAUGUUGUAGCAUAAUUAAGGAUUGCAUUUUGUUACUCGUCAAACUCUGGUUAGACAAGUCGACUUUUUCGCAAAAGCUGUAAUACUGCAAAUGUGGCAAGUAUGCUAUUUUCUCAUUAAACCUUAUGACAAGA